CAGCCGGCCGGGCAGUGCCUUAGCAUGUCCCCCCUGGGCCCGUGGGUGCCGAGGGACCCCGCGUGGCUGCGCGUGGCCUGGGUCACGGCGCUGGGGCUGAGCUCUGUCUGCGUCUGGGUCCUGUUCCUGGUGUGCUCCCUGUGGGGCCGGCAGCCUGCGCGCCCCGGGGCCCAGCCGCUGGCAGGCAAACAGUCGGGAGGUGGGAGAUCUCAGGCCGGCUCGGAGAAGAGAAAGAAGAAGGGUGCGAAGCAGAACCCUGCUCUCAGCCGGCUGGAGCAGCCCCAGAGAGCACGGGGACCGCUGCACAAGGAGGCCAGGAGGGCCAGCACACGCCUGGUAGCCCAGCGACAGGAGCUGAUGUCUGCUGGCAGGAAGGAGAAGCCUAGGAUGGCAGAGGAGAGUUCAAGUGGCAGCAGCAGCUCCCCCAGCCCUGGGGACACUCUGCCUUGGAACCUGGCCAAGCACCAGAGGACCAAAAGAACCAAGUCGUCCUUGGGCAGCGGGACCGUGCUGGACCCGGCGGAGAGAGCCGUGAUCCGGAUCGCAGAUGAGCGAGACCGGGUCCAGAAGAAAACCUUCACCAAAUGGGUCAACAAGCACCUCAUCAAGCACUGGCGAGCAGAGGCUCAGCGCCAUGUUAGCGACCUGUACGAGGACCUGCGGGAUGGCCACAACCUCAUCUCGCUGCUGGAGGUGCUCUCGGGGGAUACCCUGCCGAGGGAGCGAGACCUGAUCAGGAGCUUGCGGCUGCCCCGCGAGAAGGGGCGAAUGCGCUUCCAUAAGCUGCAGAAUGUGCAGAUUGCCCUGGAUUACCUGAAACACCGGCAGGUGAAGCUGGUGAACAUCCGCAACGAUGACAUCGCCGACGGCAACCCCAAGCUUACGCUGGGCCUCAUCUGGACCAUCAUCCUCCACUUCCAGAUCUCGGACAUCCAGGUGAGCGGGCAGUCCGAGGACAUGACGGCCAAGGAGAAGCUGCUGCUGUGGUCGCAGCGCAUGGUGGAGGGCUACCAGGGCCUGCACUGCGACAACUUCACCACGAGCUGGCGGGAUGGACGUCUCUUCAACGCCAUCAUCCACCAUCACAAGCCCAUGCUCAUCGACAUGAACAAGGUGUAUCGCCAGACCAACCUGGAGAACCUGGACCAGGCCUUCACCGUGGCCGAGCGGGACCUGGGGGUGACGCGCCUGCUGGACCCUGAAGAUGUGGACGUGCCCCAGCCGGACGAGAAGUCCAUCAUCACCUAUGUCUCGUCGCUGUACGAUGUCAUGCCCCGUGUGCCCGAGGUGUCAGUCGGCAUCAAGGCUAAUGAGCUGCAGCUGCGGUGGCAGGAGUACCGCGAGGUGGUGACGGCGCUGCUGCAGUGGAUUCGCAAUCACACCAUCCUCUUCGAGGAGCGCAAGGUGCCGGCCAGCUACGAGGAGAUCGAGCUCCUGUGGCGCCAGUUCCUGAAGUUCAAGGAAACCGAGCUCCCGGCCAAGGAGGCCGACAAGAACCGCUCCAAGGUCAUUUACCAGUCGUUGGAGGGCACAGUGCAGGCCGGGCAGCUGCAAGUGUCCCCCGGCUACCACCCGCUGGAUGUGGAGAAGGAGUGGGGCAAGCUGCAUGUCGCCAUCCUGGAGCGCGAGAAGCUGCUGCGUGCUGAAUUUGAGAGGCUGGAGUGGCUGCAGCGCAUCGUCAGCAAGCUGCAGAUGGAGUCGGGGGUGUGUGAGGAGCAGCUGAACCAGGCCGACACCCUGCUGCAGUCGGACGUCCGGCUGCUGAACGCCGGGAAGCAGCCGCAGAAGGCAGCCGAGAUCGAGCGGGACCUGGACAAGGCGGACGCCAUGAUCCGCCUGCUCUUCAAUGAUGUGCAGGCCCUGAAGGACGGGCGCCACCCGCAGGGCGAGCAGAUGUACCGCAGGGUGUACCGCCUCCACGAGCGUCUGGUCGCCAUCCGCACCGAGUACAACCUGCGCCUGAAGUCAGGCUCCUUGCAGCCGGCCCAGGUGGCCCUGCCCCUUGGCCAGCGGCCCCGGCAGAACCUGGAGGACGUCACACUGCGCUACCUGCAGGACCUGCUGGCCUGGGUGGAGGAGAACCAGAGCCGGCUCAACGGCGCCGAGUGGGGUGUGGACCUGCCCACGGUGGAGUCACAGCUGGGCAGCCACCGGGGCCUGCACCAGUCCAUUGACGAGUUCCGGGCCAAGAUCGAGCGGGCGCGAGCCGACGAGGCCCAGCUCUCGUCCGCCCCACGCAGCGCCUACCGAGACUGCCUGGGCAAGCUGGACCUGCAGUACGCCCAGCUGCUGAACUCGUCCAAGGCGCGGCUGCGGCACCUGGAGAGCCUGCAGGCCUUCGUGGGCGCCGCCACCCGGGAGCUGAUGUGGCUGAACGAGAAGGAGGAGGAGGAGGUGGCCUACGACUGGAGCGACUGCAACCCCAACAUGGCGGCCAAGAAGGAGAACUACUCGGGGCUGAUGCGGGAGCUGGAGCUGCGGGAGCAUAAGAUAAAGGAGAUCCAGAGCACGGGGGACAGGCUGCUGCACGAGGACCACCCAGGCGGGCGGACCGUGGAGGCCUUCCAGGCUGCUCUGCAGACCCAGUGGAGCUGGAUGCUCCAGGUGUGCUGCUGCAUCGAGGCCCAUCUGAAGGAGAACACGGCCUACUUCCAGUUCUUCUCAGACGUGAAGGAGGCAGAGGAGUUCCUGAGAAAGACACAGGAGACCAUGAAGAAGAAAUUCUCGUGCGACCGCACCAUCACCGUGACACGCCUUGAGGACCUGCUGCAGGACGCCCUUGAGGAGAAGGAGCAGAUCACAGAGUACAAAGGGCACCUGACAGGGCUGGCCAAGCGGGCCAAAGCCAUUGUGCAGCUCAGGCCACGCAACCCGGCCACUCCGCUCAAGGGCCGGCUGCCAGUGCAGGCCGUCUGUGACUACAAGCAGAUGGAGAUCACAGUGCACAAGGGAGAUGAGUGCGUCCUGAUGAGCAACGCUCAGCCCUCCAAGUGGAAGGUGCUCAGUGGCUCGGGGAGCGAGUCCAUCGUGCCAUCCGUCUGCUUCCUCGUGCCCCCGCCCAACAGGGAGGCGCUGGACGCCGUCAGCAGGCUGGACGUCAGCCACCAGCACGUGGUGACGCUGUGGCACCAGCUGCACGUGGAUAUGAAGAGCCUCCUGUCCUGGCAGUACCUGGUCCGGGACAUCCAGCAGAUCCAGUCGUGGUCCCUGCUCAUGUUCCGGACGCUGCAGCCCGAGGAAUACCGGCAGACGCUGCGCAGCCUGGAGACCCAUUUCCAGGAAUUCAUGCGCGACAGCCAGGACUCACAGAGCUUCCUGCCAGAUGACCGGCUGCAAAUGGAGCGCGAGUACAGGGUCUGCACCCAGAAAUACGAGCACCUGCUUCACAGCCUGGAGAAAGGGGAGCAAGACGAGUCCAUGUGCAAGAGCUACAUCUCCCAGCUGAAGGACAUCCGUCUGCAGCUGGAGGGCUGCGAGUCCCGCACAGUCCACAAGAUCCGGGCACCCCUCGACAAAGACCCAGUCAAGGAGUGUGCCCAGCGCAUCAGCGAGCAGCAGCAAAUCCACGUGGAGCUGGAGAGCAUCCGAAAGAAUCUGGAGAAGGUGACCGAGAAGACGGAGAAGGUGUUGGCCCAGCCGGAGCACUCGAGCUCGGCCCCCAUCUUGCGCUCGGAGCUGGAGAUCACUCUCCAGAAGAUGGACCAGGUGUACAGCCUCUCCACCAUCUACCUGGAGAAGCUGAAGACCAUCAACCUCGUGAUCCGCAGCACACAGGGGGCGGAGGAGCUGGUCCAGAGCUACGAGGAGCAGCUGAAGGAGGUGCAGGCUGUGCCCUCUGACCUCAAGGAACUGGAGGCUAACAAGGCAGAGCUGAAGAGGCUGCGUGGGCAGGUGGAAGGGCACCAGCCCCUCUUCAGCACCCUGCAGUCAGACCUGAGCAAGGCCAAGGAUGUCAAUGAGCGGAUGGUGAGGGGCCACAGCGAGCGGGACGUGGACCUGGACCGGUACCGGGAGCGGAUCCAGCAGCUCCUGGAGCGCUGGCAGGCCAUACUGACCCAGAUUGACCUGCGCCAGCGUGAGCUGCAACAGCUGGGCCGCCAGCAGCGCUACUACCAGGAGAGCUAUGCGUGGCUCAUCCAGUGGAUCCAGGACGCCAAGGAAAGGCAGGAGCAGAUCCAGUCAGUGCCCAUCAUGGACAGCAAGAGUGUGCAGGAGCAGCUCCUGCAGGAGAAGAAACUCUUGGAGGAGUGCGACCGGAACCGGGAGAAGGUGGACGAGUGCCAGAGAUACGCCAAGCAGUACAUCGACGCCAUCAAGGAUUAUGAGCUGCAGUUGGUGACAUACAAGGCCCAGGUGGAACCCAUGGCUUCCCCAGCCAAGAAACCCAAAGUGCAGUCUGCGUCUGACAGCGUGAUCCAGGAGUACGUGGACCUGCGGACGCAAUACAGCGAGCUGACCACUCUCACCAGCCAGUACAUUAAGUUCAUCAGCGAGACCCUGCGGCGGCUGGAGGAAGAGGAGAGAGCCGCGGAGAAGGUGAAGGAGCAGGAGAGGAAACGGCUGGUGGAGGCGGAGGCCCAGCUGGAGAAGCAGAGGCAGCUGGCUGAGGCACAUGCCGAAGCCGAAGCGCUGGCUGGGAGGGAAGCCCAGGAGCUGCGCCGCCGCAUGCAGGAGGAGGUCUCCAAGAGGGAGGUGGCGGCUGUGGACGCUGAACGGCAGAAGCAGAACAUCCAGCAGGAGUUGAUGCAGCUGAAGCAGAACUCGGACGCCCAGAUCAAGUCCAAGGACGAGCUGAUCGAGCAGGUGGAGUGCAGCCGCAGGAAGGUGGAGGAGGAGAUCCAUGCCGUCCGCCUGCAGCUCGAGACCUCGGAGAAGCAGAAGUCCAGCGCGGAGAUGGAGCUGCGGCAGCUGCGGGCCCGGGCCGAGGAGGCUGAGCGGCAGAAGAAGCUGGCCCACGAGGAGGCGGAGCGCCUGCGCAAGCAGGUGGAGGAGGAGACGCAGAGGAAGCGGGAGGCGGAGGAGGAGCUGAAGCGCAAGGUACAGGCAGAGAAGGACGCAGCCCGGGAGAAGCGGGAGGCCGUGGAGGAGCUGGAGAAGCUGCGCAUGCAGGCGGAGGAGACAGAGAGGAGGAUGAAGCAGGCUGAGCUGGAGAAGGAGCAGCAGAUCCAAGUGGCUCAGGAAAUGGCGCAGAAGAGCGCGGUGCCCUUCGUGGAGACGGCAGCCCGGCUGGAGAUGUCCCUGAAGCAGGAGCACCUCACAGUCGCCCACCUGCAGGAGGAGGCGGAGCGCAUGAAGAAGCAGCAGCUGGAGGCAGAGAAGUGCAGGCAGGAGGCAGAGAAGGAGCUGGAGAAAUGGCGGCAGAAGGCGAACGAGGCCCUGCGCCUCCGGCUGCAGGCAGAGGAGGUGGCUCACGAGAAGAGCCUGGCUCAGGAGGAGGCUGAGAAGCAGAAGGAGGAUGCGGAGAGGGAGGCCAGGAAGAGAGCGAAGAUGGAGGAGUCUGCCCGGCGGCAGAAGGAGCUGGCCGAGGAGGAGCUGGAGAAGCAGAGGAAGCUGGCAGAGGGCACCGCCCAGCAGAAGUUCUCAGCUGAGCAGGAGCUGAUCCGGCUGAAGGCAGAGAUGGAGAACAGGGAGCAGCAACACCUGCUGCUGCAGGAGGAGCUCUUCCGCCUGAAGAAUGAGAUCAGUGGGGCCAUUCAUAAGAGGAAGGAGGUGGAGGAGGAGCUGGCCAAGCUGCGUACCGAGAUGGAGACCCUCUUGGAGAGCAAGGCCAAGGCCGAGGAGGGUUCCCGUUCCAGCAGCGAGAAGUCCAAGCAGAAGCUGGAAGCCGAGGCCAGCAAGCUACGGGAGCUGGCCGAGGAGGCGGCUCGGCUGCGCGCCUUGUCGGAGGAGGCCAAGCGGCAGCGACAGCUGGCUGAGGAGGAAGCAGCCCGACAGCGAGCCGAGGCCGAGAGGACCCUGAAGGAGAAGCUGGCCGCCAUCAGCGAAGCCUCCCAGCUGAAGGCGGAGGCAGAGAUCGCCCUGAAGGAGAAGGAGGCGGAGAACGAGCGGCUGAGGCGGCUGGCAGAGGACGAGGCCUACCAGCGCAAGCUGCUGGAGGAGCUGGCAGCCCGGCACAAGCAGGACAUCGAGGAGAAGAUCACCCUGCUGAAGAAGUCCUCCGACACCGAGCUGGCGCGGCAGAAGGGCAUUGUGGAUGAUACGCUGAAGCAGCGGCGCCUCAUCGAGGAGGAGAUCCACAUCCUCAAGAUCAACUUUGAGAAGGCAUCGGCGGGCAAGACGGAGCUGGAGCUGGAGCUGAGCAAGAUCAAGAGCAGCGCGGAGGAGAUCCAGCGCAGCAAGGAGAAAGCCGAGCGGGAGGCUGAGAAGCAGCGGCAGCUGGCCCUGGAGGAGGAGAACCGCCGCAGGGAGGCUGAGGAGAAGGUGAAGAAGAUCUUGGCUGCAGAGCAGGAAGCCGCCCGGCAGCGCAAGGUGGCCCUGGACGAGGUGGAGCGCCUGAAAGCCAAGGUGGAGGAGGCCAAGGGGCAGAAGGAGCUGGCGGAGAAGGAGUCGGAAAGGCAGAUCCAGCUGGCCCAGGAAGCGGCUCAGAGGAGAAUUCAGGCUGAGGAGAAGGCCCACCUGGCUGCCGUGCAGCAGAAGGAGCAGGAGCUGCUGCAGACAAGGCGCCAGGAACAGAACAUCCUGGACAAGCUGAGGGAAGAGGCCGAGAAGGCCAGGAAAGCAGCGGAGGACGCGGAGUUUGCACGUGUUAAGGCUGAGCAGGAUGCGACCCUGUCCCGGCAGCAGGUGGAGGAGGCAGAGCGCCUGAAGCAGCGAGCUGAGAAGGAGGCGCAGGCCAAAGCCAGAGCCCAGGAGGAUGCUGAGAAGCUCAGGAAGGAGGCCGAGCUGGAGGCGGCUAAGCGGGCCCAAGCUGAGCAGGUGGCUCUGAAGCAAAAGCAGCUGGCUGACGCCGACAUGGAAAAGCACAAGAAGUUUGCAGAGCAGACGCUGAGGCAGAAGGCCCAGGUGGAGCAGGAGCUGACCAAGGUCAAGCUGCAGCUAGAGGAGACGGACCACCAGAAAAGUAUCCUGGACGAGGAGCUGCAGCGGCUGAAGGAGGAGGUGACGGACGCCAUGAGGCAGAAGGCCCAGGUGGAGGAAGAGCUCUUCAAGGUGAAAAUCCAGAUGGAGGAGCUGAUCAAACUGAAGACCCGCAUCGAGCAGGAGAACAAGGUGCUGAUCCGGAAGGACAAGGACAACACCCAGAAGUUCCUGGUGGAGGAGGCCGAGAAGAUGAAGCUAGUGGCCGAGGAGGCUGCUCGUCUGAGCGUGGAGGUGCAGGAGGCUGCCCGCUUGCGGAAGCUGGCGGAGGACGACCUGGCGCAGCAGCGGGCGCUGGCCGAGAAGAUGCUGAAGGAGAAGAUGCAAGCAGUGCAGGAGGCCACGCGGCUGAAGGCGGAGGCAGAGAUGCUGCAGAGGCAGAAGGACCUCGCUCAGGAGCACGCCAAGAAGCUUCAGGAGGACAAAGAGCAGAUGCAGCAGCGCCUGACUGAGGAGACUGAGGGCUUCCAGAAACUCUUGGAGGCCGAGCGCAAGCGGCAGCUGGAGGUCAUGGCUGAGGCCGAGCGCCUCAAACUGCAUGUGAGUGAGAUGAGUAUGGCUCAGGUCAAGGCAGAGGAGGAUGCAAAGCGGUUCAAGAAGCAGGCGGAGGAGAUCAGUGAGAAGCUGCACGAGACGGAGCUGGCCACCCAGGAGAAGAUGACGCUGGUCCACAUGCUGGAGAUCCAGAGGCAGCAGAGCGACAGGGACGCGGAGAAUCUGAAGAGGGCGAUUGCUGAGCUGGAGAGGGAGAAGGAGAAGCUGAAGCGGGAGGCAGAGCUGCUGCAGCAGAGAUCGGAAGAGAUGCAGACAGCUCAGCAGGAGCAGCUCCGUCAGGAGACUCACAUACUCCAGCAGAGCUUCUUAACAGAGAAGGAUAGCCUGCUUCAGAAAGAGAGGUUCAUUGAGGAAGAGAAAGUCAAACUGGAGAAACUCUUCGAAGAUGAGAUGAACAAAGCUCAGAACCUGAAGGCAGAGCAGGAGCGGCAACAGAAGCAGAUGGAGCAGGAGAAGCAGCAGCUGAAGGCCGCCUUGGACGAUGCAAAGAAGAAGCAGAAAGAGGCGGAGAAAAAUGUCCAGUGUAAGCAGGAAGAGCUACAGCAGCUGGAAGAGCAGCGGCAGCAGCAAGAGAAACUCCUUGCAGAGGAAAACCAGAAGCUAAGGGAGAAACUGGAACAGCUACAGGAGGAGCACAGGGCUGCGCUGGCCCAGACUCGAGAGAUCAUGAUCCAAACAGACGACAUGCCUGAGGAUGCCGCGAUUUUGCCUACUCAGCUGACUCCGACCAAAGCGGUGCCCAAUGGCAGAGAUGCCGUGGAUGGCCUGGCUCAGAACGGGGAGCCGGAGUUUGCAUUUGAUGGCAUCCGGCAGAAGGUGCCUGCGGAGAAGCUGGUUGAGGCCGGCAUCCUGGGCAAAGAGAUCUUGGACAAGUUGGUGAAAGGGACGGUGACAGUGGCUGAGCUUGCGCAGAGGGAUGACCUCAGGAAAUACCUGCAGGGCCAGAGCAGCAUCGCCGGCUUGCUUAUUAAACCCACCGACGAGAAGAUGAGUAUCUACAAGGCCAUGAAGAAACAGCUGCUGAGCCCAGGCACGGCACUCAUCCUCCUGGAAGCACAAGCUGCCUCCGGCUUCAUAAUUGACCCAGUGAGAAACAAGAGGCUCUCUGUAAACGAGGCAGUGAAAGAAGGAGUAAUUGGACCAGAGCUGCACAAUAAAAUGCUGUCUGCCGAGAGGGCAGUAACCGGGUACAGAGACCCCUACACCGGAGACAAGAUCUCCCUCUUCCAGGCCAUGACAAAAGAUCUCAUUGUCCAAGACCAUGGCAUCCGCCUGCUGGAGGCCCAGAUCGCCACCGGGGGCAUCAUCGACCCCGUGAACAGCCACCGCCUGCCAGUGGAAGCGGCCUACAAGCGGGGCUACUUCGACGAAGAGAUGAACCAGACUCUGUCAGACCCCACGGAUGACACCAAGGGCUUCUUUGACCCCAACACGCAUGAGAACCUGACCUACCUGCAGCUGAUGGAGAGAUGCAUGACUGACCCUGAGACUGGGCUCUGCCUCUUGCCGCUCACCGACAGAGCAGCCAAAGGAGGGGACCUGGCCUACACGGAUCAAGAGGCCAAAGAUGUUUUCAAGAAAACCACGGUGUCUGCCCCCUUCGGCAUAUUCAAAGGAAAGACGGUGACCAUCUGGGAGAUCAUCAACUCGGAGUACUUUACCGAGGAGCAGAGGCGAGACCUGUUGCGGCAGUACAAGACUGGCAAGAUCACCGUGGAGAAGAUCAUCAAGAUUGUCAUCACCGUAGUGGAAGAGAGUGAGAAGAAGAGCCAGCUGUGCUUUGAAGGGCUCCGCGCUGCUGUCCCUGCCGCCGAGCUGCUAGAGAGCAAAAUCAUUGACAAAGAUCUCUACAACCAGCUGCACCAGGGCAAGAGGUCUGUGAAGGACGUGGCUGAUGCAGACGCCAUAAAGAGGUAUCUGAAGGGCACCGACACCAUUGCUGGCGUCCUGGUGGAGUCAACUGGGCAGAAGUUCACGCUCUAUGACGCCCUGAAGAAAAACCUGCUGAAGCCAGAGGCUGCCCUGCCACUGCUGGAGGCCCAGGCAGGCACGGGGUACAUCAUCGAUCCCGUUAGGAAUGAGAAACUCUCGGUGGACGAGGCAGUGAGAGCUGGGAUUGUCGGGCCAGAGUUCCAUGAGAAGCUGCUGUCUGCAGAGAAGGCUGUGACUGGCUACAAAGACCCGUACACUGGACAGACUGUCUCCCUGUUCCAAGCACUAAGGAAAGGCCUGAUCCCCAGCGAUACCGGGAUCCGCCUGCUGGAUGUCCAGCUGGCCACCGGUGGCAUAGUUGACCCUGUGAACAGCCACCGCCUGCCGCUCGAUGUUGCCUGUAAGCGGGGCUACUUUGACGAGGAGACAAACAAGGCCCUAUCCACUCCCAGCGACGACACCAAGGCCUUCUAUGACCCCGACACUCAGGAGAACCUCACCUACACCCAGCUGCAGAAGAAAUGCCGACCGGACAAGCAGACUGGCCUCUACCUGCUGCCCCUCUCAGACCAGGCCAUCCGGUCACAGCAAGAGGAGGUCUACACGGACAGCCAGGCGAAGGAGUCCUUGGACAAGGCGACCCUGGAGGUGCCAGCUGGCAGCUUGAAGGGCAGGACAGUGACGAUCUGGGAGCUGAUCCACUCUGAGUAUUUCACCGAGGAGCAAAGGAGGGAGCUGCUGCGGCAGUACAAGACCGGCAAGGUCACCAUUGAGAAGAUCAUCAAGAUAAUGAUCACCAUCAUUGAGGAAACAGAGAGCAAGAAACAGGAGAAGCUGACGUUCAGCGGCCUCCGAGCACCUGUUCCUGCUAGUGAGCUGCUGGAGUCGAGGGUCCUUAGCAAAGCCCAGUACGAGCAGCUCAGGGAAGGCAAGAAGUCAGUGAAAGACCUCUCCGAGACGGACUCUGUAAAGAGGUUCCUGCGGGGCAGCGACUGUGUCGCUGGCAUCUACGUGGAAGACACGAAGGAGAAACUGAACCUUUAUGAGGCCAUGAAGAGAAACCUCCUGAGGCCAAGCACCGCUGUCACCCUGAUGGAAGCUCAGGCGGCCAGUGGGUUCCUGGUCGAGCCCGAAAGUAACCAAAAGCUGUGUGUCAACGAGGCUGUGAAGGCUGGCCUCGUUGGGCCGGAGCUCCACGAGAAGCUGCUCUCUGCAGAGAAGGCCGUCACUGGGUAUAAGGACCCCUACUCUGGGAACACCAUCUCCCUCUUCGAAGCCAUGAAGAAGGGACUGAUCCUCAAGGAGCAUGGCAUCCGUCUGCUGGAGGCCCAGGUCGCCACCGGCGGCAUCAUCGACCCCGUGCACAGUCACCGCCUCCCCUUGGAGGUGGCUUACAAGCGGGGCUACUUCGACCAAGAGAUGAACCGGAUCCUCUCUGACCCCAGCGACGACACCAAGGGCUUCUUUGACCCCAACACGCAGGAGAACCUGACCUACCUGCAGCUGAAGGAGAGGUGCAUUGAGGACCCCGAGACCGGCCUGUACCUCCUGCCUCUGAAGCAGCCGGAGAAGCCCACAAUGGUGGAGACGACCCAUGUGUACACGGAGGCAGAGACCCGGAAAGCAUUUGAGGAAACGCAGGUCAGCAUCCCCGUGGGCAGCAUGGCCGGCUCCUCCAUGUCCCUGUGGGAGAUCAUGCAGUCAGACCUCAUCCCUGAGGAGCAGCGGAAGCGGCUGAUGGAGGAGUUCCGCUCCGGCAAUGUGACCAAGGAGCGCAUGAUCAUCAUCAUCAUCGAGAUCAUCGAGAAGACAGAGAUUGUCCGGCAGCAGGACCUGACCUCCUACGACUUUGUCCGGCGCCGGAUCACAGCUGACGACCUCUAUGAGGCCAGGAUCAUCUCCCUGGAGAUAUACAACGUGCUGAAGCAGGGCUCCAAGACCAUCCGAGAGAUCCUGGAGAUAGAGACCGUCUGGAAAUACCUGUACGGAACCGGCUGCAUUGCUGGCAUCUACAUCCCCUCCACCAAGCAGAAGCUCAGCGUCUAUCAGGCCCUGAAGAAAGGGCUGAUCAGCCCUGAGGUAGCCCGCCCCCUGCUGGAGGCCCAGGCUGCCACUGGCUUCAUGAUCAACCCCAUAAAGAAUGAGAUGCUGACGGUAGACGAAGCUGUCAGGAAAGGAGUGGUGGGGCCGGAAAUCCACGACCGGCUGCUGUCUGCAGAGAGGGCUGUGACCGGCUACAGGGACCCGUACAGCGAGCAGAAGAUCUCACUCUUCCAGGCCAUGAAGAAGGAUCUGAUCGCCGCUGAGGAAGCCCUCCGGCUGCUGGAUGCUCAGCUAGCCACUGGCGGCAUCAUCGACCCGUUCCUGGGGUUCCACCUGCCUCUGGAGGUCGCCUAUCAGCGUGGCUUCUUCAGCAAGGAGACUUGUGACAGGCUGUCGGAGCCCAGUGAGGUCCGGAGCUAUGUGGACCCCUCCACGGACGAGAAGCUCAGCUACGUGCAGCUCCUCAAGCGGUGCCGGAAGGACGAGAACAACGGCCAGCUGCUGCUGCCCCUGUGCGACACGAGGAAACUGACCUUCCGGGGCCUGAGGAAGCAGAUCAGCGUGGAGGAGCUGGUGCGGUCCCAGGUCAUGGACGAAGCAACAGCCCAGCGCCUCCAGGAUGGCUUAACCUCCAUCGAAGAAGUCUCCAAAAACCUGCAGAAGUUCCUGGAGGGCACCAGCUGCAUCGCUGGUGUCUUCAUGGACUCCACCAAGGAGCGGCUCUCCGUGUACCAAGCCAUGAAGAAAGGCAUCAUCCGGCCUGGCACAGCUUUCGAGCUCCUGGAGGCUCAGGCAGCCACUGGGUACGUGAUCGACCCCAUCAAGGGCUUCAAGCUGACGGUGGAGGAGGCGGUGCGGAUGGGCAUUGUGGGUCCAGAGUUCAAGGACAAGCUCCUUUCGGCGGAGCGGGCGGUGACCGGUUACAAAGACCCCUACUCGGGCAAACUGAUCUCCCUCUUUCAGGCCAUGAAGAAGGGCCUGAUCCUGAAAGAUCAUGGGAUCCGUUUGCUAGAGGCCCAGAUCGCCACGGGAGGCAUUAUCGAUCCAGAGGAAAGCCAUCGCCUCCCCGUGGAGAUGGCCUACAAGCGGGGCCUGUUCGACGAGGAAAUGAACGAGAUCCUCCUGGACCCCAGCGAUGACACCAAGGGCUUCUUUGAUCCCAACACCGAGGAGAACCUGACCUACCUGCAGCUCAUGGAGCGGUGCAUCACUGACUCGGAGACUGGGCUGUGCCUACUCCCUCUGAAGGAGAAAAAGCGGGAGAGAAAGACCUCGUCCAAGUCGUCUGUCCGCAAGCGCAGGGUGGUGAUUGUUGACCCAGAGACAGGGAAGGAGAUGUCGGUUUACGAAGCCUACCGCAAAGGCCUCAUCGAUCACCAGACCUACCUGGAGCUCUCUGAACAAGAGUGUGAGUGGGAAGAGAUCACCAUCUCCUCCUCAGACGGGGUGGUCAAGUCCAUGAUCAUCGACAGGAGGUCCGGGCGACAGUACGAUAUUGACGACGCGAUUGCAAAGGGCCUGAUUGAUCAGUCUGCCCUGGACCAGUAUCGGUCCGGCACCCUGUCCAUCACCGAGUUCGCAGACAUGCUCUCUGGAAACGUGAGUGGCUUCCGAUCAAGAUCUUCUUCUGUUGGGUCUUCUUCCUCCUACCCCAUAAGCCCAGCCCCUGCGAGAGCUCAGCUGACAUCCUGGAGCGACCCUGCUGAAGAGACCGGUCCGAUUGCUGGGAUCCUGGACACGGACACCCUGGAGAAAGUGUCCAUCACGGAGGCCAUGCACCGCAAUCUUGUAGACAACAUCACUGGACAGCGGCUGCUGGAGUCCCAGGCCUGCACCGGAGGCAUCAUUGACCCCAGCACAGGGGAGAAAUUCUCUGUUGCUGAUGCAGUCAACAAGGGCCUGGUUGACAAAAUCAUGGUGGACAGGAUCAACCUCGCUCAGAAGGCCUUCUGUGGCUUUGAGGAUCCGAGAACCAAGACGAAAAUGUCGGCCGCCCAAGCCUUAAAGAAGGGCUGGCUGUACUAUGAAGCCGGCCAGCGGUUCCUGGAGGUACAGUACCUGACGGGUGGGCUGAUUGAGCCCGACAUGCCAGGCCGGGUCUCGCUCGAUGAUGCGCUGCAGAAAGGCACCAUCGACACGCGCACAGCCCAAAAGCUGCGGGACGUGAACACCUACUCCAAGUAUCUCACCUGCCCCAAAACAAAACUCAAGAUCUCCUACAAGGAUGCAAUGGACAGAAGCAUGGUUGAGGAGGGAACAGGCCUGCGCCUGCUGGAAGCUUCCUCCCAGUCCAGCAAAGGAUACUACAGCCCCUACAAUGUCAGUGGCUCAGGCUCCACCUCUGGCUCUAGAUCGGGUUCCCGAACAGGAUCUAGAUCAGGCUCCAGGCGAGGGAGCAUUGAUGCCACCAGCUCCGGCUUCUCCAUGACCUUCUCUUCCUCCUCCUACUCUUCCUCAAGCUACGGACGCAGAUACACAUCUGGUCCCCAGAGCAACGUGGAUGCUGCUGAACUCACUCUCGCCUUGUGCAGCCUAAAUGGGAGCUGUGGAUGGGAAGCAAACAGGAAGUUCCCCAACCUGCAGAGGCCUCAGCUGACAGUGGCAUAAAGUCCCCUCCCUGCCUGCCCCAGCCCCCCAAAACACUGAGGAACUUUCCCAUUUAUCCUGCUCUGCAUGUGGUGAAGCUACUGGCUAAUCAUCUGAUUAUUAUUUUUAAACCCCAAUUUUCUUCCAAAGCAGUGCCUAGA